AUGGUGUCUGUAGAUGAUGCAGCGACUUUCACAGUGUCGAGCACCGGUCCUUGUGAGUCAGGACAGUUCGAAAAAAACGGCAAGUGCCACAAAUGCUGGAAAACUUGCGCGGAAUGCAACGGCCCUGCACGCAGCCACUGCACCGUUUGCAAGCCAGAGUUGCCUAUCAUACAUCAGCGUGGAGGUUGUGUACGUUCCUGUGAAGCGGGCUAUUUUGUCAGCCAGGAGAAGCAGAAACGCUGCAUAAAGUGUGAAUUUCCUUGCAAGACCUGCGUACGGAACGCUACAACCUGCACCCGCUGUCACAAGACCACUGGGAAGGCGGCUUUCAAAGGUCGCUGUGUAGAGGAGUGCCCUGAAGGAACAUAUACUGGGGAGGGACAUUUCCAGGGAGCUUGCAUGGGAUGUUUGGCAACGUGCAAAACUUGCGACAGCAAGACUUCCUGUCUGAGUUGCAGCCCGCCCUUAGUUCUUGAAAUUGAUGAAAGGAAAAAACAACCUCUGUGCCUGCAGAGCUGCUCCGCGGGAAGAUUUGCGGAUGAGAAAACAAGGAGUUGUGGCCCUUGCGAUAAAUCCUGCGCGACCUGUAGUUCUUCUGCCAGCAAUUGCACGAGCUGUCCGACAGGAACUGCUCUACAUGGCUCCAAGUGUGUGGAGGAAUGUCCUGACGGCAAGUACAGUCGCAAGGAUGGCAACGGCGGAGUUUGUGCACCAUGUCACAGUAUGUGCAAGACUUGCAAUGGCCCCACUGAAUGUCUCAGUUGUCCCACGCCCAAGUUUCUCGACAAGGGAGAAGAUGGUAAAAUGAAGUGCUUUGGAGAGUGUUUUAAGGGAAAAUAUCCUGACAAAGAGAGGAUUUGUCGUUCUUGUGACGACUCUUGCGCGACCUGUAGUUCUUCUGCCAGCAACUGCACUAGCUGUCGAGAAGAGUCUGUGCUCGAUGGCUCCAAAUGCGUGGACGAGUGUCCAGAAGGAAAGUUUAAAGCUGCCUCUGGUGCUUGCCAGAACUGUAGUGCUCCAUGUGCAAGCUGUGAGGGCUCUGCGACAAAGUGCACUUCAUGCGAAGGCAAGAAGGUCCUUCAUGACUCUGUAUGCAAAAGCGCCUGCCCUUCCACACAUUUUAGCACAGAUAACAGGAUUUGUGAGCCAUGUGGUGCUGGAUGCAAGACCUGUAGCAAACUGCCGGCAAACUGCACCUCUUGCAAGGAACCCAUGGUCUUGAAAGGUGAAAUAUGUGAGAAUGAGACAAUCUGGACCUCUUCGGACUGGGUACAAAAGAAGAACACAUCGCUGUAUGACAUUGGCGAGAACACAUGCCAGGAGUGGGACUGUGCAGCAGGAAGCUCAUGCAAGAACUCCGUCAUUCAGGGGGUUUGUUUCGAGGGAAAAGUGAAAGGAGGUGACAUCCAGUUUGAUUGGACACUGACAGAGCCCUUGAAAGAUGAUCGAAAAUUGCGCUUUACUGUGGAUCAGUUCAAAUGUGGUACUGGUUUGACUCCUGCUGGUCAAACAGUACUGCAUUCAUAUGACAAGAAGGGAGGAUAUCAGAUUUGCAGCUACUCCAUGGCAGACCAGAUGAGCCACUCGGCAACACGAAAGAGAUAUGCAGUAGAUGAUAGUAGAUGUAUGAUGGAGGAGUCUACCAAGAGAACAGAAGGUUUGUCUCAGAGUUCAGCAGAUGCCCCUCCUAGAUCCUGA